CACGCGGCGAGUAUCGUACUAUGUGCACAAUCUGAAACUACCUUUACAUGACUGUGUUGCGUCUGAAGAUGUUUUUGUGGUUUCUUGCUGCUUUCUUCUGUUGUGGCCUGUGCGAGAGCGAGGAAGGAGACCUUAGUUACAGUUUGAACAUAGGAAACGCGAUUGAUGUUUUUGCAAACUAUGGUGAUCUAUCACAAGUAACGCAAGUUGUGUCAGCCAAUUACGAAGAUAGUGAUAAUGAUGUGGAAACAGAACUAUUCCACGAGAAGAACAUCAGGGUUUUCGAAAACGUCACCAGCAAGGAGACUCCCGGCGACCUGGGGAUUGACAUGAACAUACUCCUUUGUGAAUCAUUCGACGAUUUACUCGCCAAGUACUUCCAGAACUUCAAAAUCGAAGGUACAGAAAGACCAUGGAAGGCGUUCUUAGGUGAUUGGAUAAAUGACGAAAUCAUGAGGACUUUCGGCAUGGAAUUCGACUUGGAACGGGACAACUGUUGCUAUGUCCUCGUCAAACUGUCAAAGAUACACAAAACAGUUAAAAUGGACGUCAAUAACAAUUUCUUUUUGAAGGAAUAUGUUCGAAGAGAAAUAAACAGCUUGAACGCUAAUGACUCCACAGCCGUGAGGCGUUUUAUGAAGAGCUAUGGGACGCAUUACAUUGAUUCUUUCGUCACUGGAAACUUUAUUUACCAGGUAUUCAAAUACAAGAGGCCCGGAUAUAAUCUCCUAAAAGCAUAUAUCAAAGUUCGUGAGCAACGGAAAUCCAACUUUGGCAAUUUAAGAUUUUACUUCUCAUCAUAUUUUCUCAAGCAAGUUGGAGAAAUAAGAAUUGCCAGCGGCAAUAAAAGAAUAGAACGAUGGGCCCGGAACAAUCUUCUAGAUAGUCAAUACCUAUAUUCAAGACCUAGCCUCCUGAGGGUGCACUACAAUCCCAUUCUAGCGCACAAACUCAACGGAAUGUUGGAUAACGAAGCGCUUUUGGGAUUAAAUUUAAAAAUAUUAGGACCUUUAUUUAAAGAUCAAUACAAGAGAGAAAAAUACAGAGAAAUUGUUGAGAACGAUAUGAAACUUUGGGAAGUAAAUGCAUGAAAAUAUAAAAUAACAUAUAAUUAAAAAAAAAAACACAUUUUGGUGCAAAAGAUUGAUAAAAGGAACGUUAUGGCACAAAUUAUGAAGUUCGUAGCAAGAAUAGUUUUUAAUACCAAAUAAUAAAACCUCAAACUUAUAAAUACCAGUAUUUAAAAAAAUAAAACUAAGUAAGUGUA